AUGGGGACAUGUGACAGCAAGACCUCGGAAUCGACUUCGCCGCCGGAAGUCGUAAAAGCAGAGCCGACGCUUACAGACAAAGGAAGUCAUGCAAGCCUCCAGUCGAUCUCCCAGCGCAGCAUUCAGAGGAUGGGCUGGAGGAAGGACCAGCCAGACCACAGGGAUCACCACGUAACGUUCAAAGAGGUGGAGCCGCCGAACGGGACCAGGAAACGGAUGAGCGCAUCAGGUGAGAAGGAGGUCGUUGAUCUGCGUCCCGAUGAAGAUUUUCCUGUUUUUAACCAAGGGAACCUGGGCAGCUGCACGGCCAAUGCUUUGGCAGCUGCCUUCCACUUCACUGUCCACAAGAUGACGGUGGAGGAUCACGCUGACUUUCGCGAUUUCACUCCGAGCCGCCUGUUCAUCUACUACAACGAGCGGUACGUCGAGGGUUUUGUCAGAUGGGACAUCGGCGGCAUGCUCCGCGAUGGUAUCAAGACCAUGGCUCGCGUCGGAGUUUGCCCAGAAAAAGUCUGGACGUAUGAAAACAUCGGGGAGAAGUUCAAGCAAGAGCCAGAGUGGUUCUGCUACGAGCUUGCAAAGAAGUGCAAGAUCGUUGGUUAUGCGAGGGUGGCUCAGGAGCUGACCCAGAUGAAGAUGUGCAUCGCCAACGGGUAUCCGUUUGUCUUUGGUUUCUCAGUAUUUCCAAGCUUCCAGACGAAGGAAGUGGCAUCGACUGGAAAGAUGGUCAUGCCCCUCCCGGAUGAAGAGGAACGAGGAGGGCACGCCGUUUGCGCUGUGGGCUACGACGAUUUCCAGGAAUGCUUCAUCGUCCGCAACAGCUGGGGCGACCAGUGGGGCGACAAGGGCUACUCUACAUGCCCUAUGCAUACAUCUGCAAUCCAGACCUUGCAAACGACUUCUGGUCCAUCGAGUGGGUGA